AUGUCUACCGAGUCAGACAUCGUCUACAACCUGUCUGCCUUUGAGGAGAAGAACAUUGAUCCUGUUGUCGUGAGCUUGAACAAGAAAUUAAUCGAGCUAGGACUGAAGGAUCAAAAAUGGUGGGAUAUCGGCGCCCAAAGAUAUAGGGAGCGGCGUGCGAAGGGCGAAACACCUUUCCCCCCGGCGCCUGUCCACCCAUCUGGCACGAAUGGCGUAGCGAUCUGCGCUUCGACUCGUGGGGAUGGUGCUACUAGCGUUCUUCGCUAUCGCGUAUUCCGCCCCAAGGAGGGUGAGCCGGCCGGCCUAUUUUAUCAUAUCCAUGGCGGCGGUUUUGUUCUUGGGUCAUCUGCUGGGCAAGACUUGCUUCUUGAACAUAUCUCGGCAAAAGCGAAUCUCGCUGUGGUGUCUGUUGAGUAUCGCCUUUCCCCCGAGCACCCUUACCCAGCUGCAUACCACGAUGUGGUGGACUUCGCAGGCUGGCUCGUGGAGAACGGCAAAAAGGAGUUUGGAGCCGAUCUCGCAUUUGUUGGUGGCGAAUCCGCUGGAGGAACUUUGUCUGCUGUGGUCCUCUUUUAUCUCCGUUCGAUCGGCUACAUUUCCCAUCUGAAGGGCGCAAUUCUGAACUACGGCUGCUUCGACCUGACGUACCUCCCGAGCGCACGGCUCGCUCGGCCAGAAGCGACUGCCAUCCUCGCCACGGACUCGAUGUACAACUUCUUAAAUGCUUUUAUGCCCAGCACCCCUUGUGAAGAUCGCAAAGCACCAGAAAUAUCACCAGCAUAUAACGACCUGCGGGGGCUGUGCCAUGCGCUCUUCCUCGUCGGUACGGAGGAUUCGCUCAUCGACGAUUCGGUAUUGAUGCAUUUCCGAUGGUUGACGGCUGGUAACGAAGCUCUGUUUAAGCUUGUGCCGGGUGCGCCUCAUGCCUUUAUGACGUUUGAUGGGAACAAUCCUGGGAUGCCUGCGGUGCAAGCCGGAUGGAGGAUCAUGGUUGAAUACAUCCUGGAGCGCUUAAAGGCGUAG